ACGACGCGCGCGCGCAAACGCACGCAGACGGUAUCGGCGAGCACUCGCACGCGCGCGCGACGAAAGCUCACGGCAGCCAGUGCCUUCUACAGUCGUCGACGACGCCGCUGGCAAAAAAGUAAAUUUCGAUUUUGGAAAAAAAUAUUCUCGUCCGGUACUCGUCUCGCGCGCACUGCCGUCGACAUCGUCGUCACAAUCACACGGAUUACUGGGACUUACGACGCAUCGCACCUAACCCGCCGCCGACAGGACCGUAAUAUACGCGCGAGUUGACUACCAAUAUAUUAUAAUAGAAUAUCACCACGUUACGCGUACGUCAAAGGUACCCACAUCAAAUCUGCGGCCGAAAAGGAACUCGACGGAGUGCCAGUUUUGAGCGCAAGUCUCGAGACGACGUGCAGUAACCGAGUCGCCACUCUGCACAGCGCGCGGCGUGUCAUAUUUUAUUAUUAUAAUAAUAUUAUAUUAAACUAUACGUCGUAGGCAGUCGCGUCGUCUUCGUCGCACUACUAGCACAUUUGCGUACAGCAGCGACGACCGUCGUCGAGUCGUUGUCAAUCCGAUCGCUUUACGGACAAAAUGGCCGAUGGAACAGGCGUUGGACUUACCGCAGGAGAUGACAGUGUCGUUGGAGGCCCGAAGACACCACAGCAAAUUGCGGCGCAAAAGCGAUUGCAACAAACACAAGCACAAGUCGAUGAGGUCGUGGAUAUUAUGAAAACGAACGUGAUGAAGGUACUGGACAGGGAUCAAAAACUUUCCGAACUGGAUGAUAGAGCAGAUGCAUUACAACAAGGAGCAUCGCAAUUUGAACAACAGGCUGGAAAACUAAAGAGGAAAUUUUGGCUACAAAAUUUAAAGAUGAUGAUCAUAAUGGGAGUUAUUGGUCUCGCAAUAUUAGCCAUUAUAGUUGCUUGGUUUUCGGAUGAAUAAAGCUAGGUAACAAACUUUGAUGCGAGCCACCACACACACUGACCAUCGUUACAACCGCAAAAACGUGACUCUUUAAAUGAUAUAAGAAACUGAAGGUGCAUUAAAAUAAAAAUAAAAACUUAUAGGUAUAUAUAAACAUUAUUUAUAUAUAUAUAUAUGCAAUCUACACAUAUAUAUAUAUAUAUACUAAAAAUACAUAAAUAUCGCUUUGAAUAACUGCCCCUGCCAAAAAAAAAAAAUACUAUCGUAAUAGGUACUCGAUUAAGACGAUUUUUGUUAUACAGACACACAAAUUUACAUGACAUACACGCCGUAACAUCCAUAUACAGCUAUCUGCAUAAUAAAACUAAAAAAAAACUACAUGUACUUAUCUGUAUAUAUAUUAUAUAUUAUAUAAAUGUGUAUGUAUGUAUAUGGGUGUGUGUAUACUUUCUUUAAUAUCAAAGUAUAAAAGUAUACGAUGAGUUCAUGUUAAGUUAAACAAGAAAUAUAAAUAUCUUUAAAUCUAUAUACGAUAGAGUAUCCUUUUGUAAAUAUCACUUAAAACUAUUUUAUACAAUGUACAUGUCUAUCAUCACAUAUUAUAGAACUAUAACGAGUUUGUAAACCUUCACUAUAUAAUAUAUUUUAUUGAAUCAUAAAAAUUGGGUAGGAUUCUCAACAUAUUAUACCUACGCUACAAUAAUAUUAUACCCUCAUACGUAUAUAUUAUUAUUAUUAUUAUUAUAUGUAUGAAAACCUAUUCAUUGUUAUUUUAUAGAGUACUUAUAUAUUUAUAUGAGUAUUGUUUGUACUUAUAAUAUUUAUAUUCGCUUAUUAAAUUUUGAAUAGUUUAUUAUAUAUGUAUGAGAAAAACAACAGCUAAGCAUAUAAUAAUCUAUUAAAUUGUUAUAAAUAAUGUGGCAAAAUAAAUUUGUUUUCAAAUAAUAUAAAAUCAUAAUACAUCAUACACGUAACCCGUAACUGUGAGUCUAACAUUAAUGGUUUUUAUAUAAUAUCAACAUGUUUUAUUCCCAAAAUAAACUUUUUACGAACAUUUAGGAUAAAUAAGUCCCCUAUUUCUAAAAAAUGAUAUUACUAUUUGACAGCAAUGUUUUUUGAGUUGUAGAAAUCAAAACUUCUAAGGCACCACGUGUAUAGAAGACGUAUUUAAAAUGAUCAUCUUAUUUACGUCAUUUUUAAUAUUCGAAAAUGUAUAGUUAAAAACUAAAUAUACUUGGAAAAAACGGCAACAAGCAUUUUCAAAUCAAAAGAAAAUAAAUAGAUACAUUUUUCGAAAAAAAAUUUCUUAGGUAUUAAUUAUAGUAAGUUAUUAUGGAGAACUGUUUUUUUCUUUCACUUAUUCUAUAGCUACCGUAGAUAUUUAUGAUCAUAUUAUGUGCAUUAUGCUUAAUAGAAAAUUGUCAUAAAAUCAAAAUGUACUUAGUAUCUACAUUGGAUUUGAUAGUACUAUCUACCUCUGCACUCUGCAGUAAUCAUGAUGAGUUAUAGUUUAAUUUUUGAAAUAGCAAAGAAAUAUAUAAGCAUAAAAUUGUUAUCACUUGUUAUAGCCAGUAAUUUCGGCGUAUGCGUCGGGUACGCCAAUUCAUUAUUUAAGACUAUUUUUGUUUUUAUUAUAAAUAACUAAUAACAUUGUGCUUCCGUGACCAUUCAAAUUUUUCGACAUUUAAAUCAUUAAUUUACCAGCACAGAUCAAGGGAAAUGCAUUCCAGUGUAUCCUGCAAGUAGAAAAUCUUGAAUAUCCCAUUAGUCUGUAUUCUGUGAUUAUAGUACUGUACAAUUAGCAAAAAAAAAUAUCAGGAACCUGUCCUAAUCUAUAAAUCUAUAAUAACAUAGGUACAACAUGCGAUUUGUGGAGAACUACAUGAUUUUUAUCAUUGAGGAACGAGGGUUAUUUGUGAGGAGGGUGCGAAUAAUAAUUAGGAUAUAAGGAUAGGUAUGCGGCAAUGUUUUUUGGCGGACUUGCCUUCCAAUUCAUAAAUAAAAACUGGAAAUUGGAAAUAUAACGUUGUCAUCUUUUAUGUAUGCAUACAAGUAUAUAGAUAUAGCGAGUAAUGCUUUAAUCAGAAAAUGACUAAAAUUUACAAUUUAAAAUAUAUACAUACUCAAUAGGUAUAUACAUAAAACAUUACUUAUGAAUAACAGAUGAUGAAGUCCGUUGAAAAUUAGACAGAUAUGAUAAUUGGGGGUUUUGUUAGACUGUAAACAUCCUUAAAACUAUUAUUAAAGUAAUCAAGACAAAUUGAAAAUCAUUACAGUAAAGAAACAAACUGCUAUUACUUAGAAUUGUUUUAGAUUGUGUCACUAUUAAAUUUGAUAUUCUUUUUAAACGUGAUAAUCACACUAGGGAAUAAUAAAAGUUAAUAUUAUUGUUUUUCAUUUGUAAUGAAUAAAAAUAAUUUUUUUUUAACAAUGAAGCUGAAUAUACUUAAUAAUCAGGUGCCUAGUAUAAUGUUAUAUAUAGCUAUGUUAUACACAACUAUUAAAAUAAAAUAUUCACUGUUACAGUGGUGCAGUUAUACCUUUUACCAUUAUAUGGACUCACGUUAGUUGAGGCUUGGGUUACUGCUUACAUGAUAACAUUAUAAUACUGAUAAAUUUUGUAAUUAUUUAAGUCACAGACAUUAACCAUUACUUAUUUACAGGCCCGGCUCAAGGGGUAGGCGACACAGGCCCACGCCUAGGGCAGCAUUUAAAAUUGUUGUUUUAUAGAUAAAAAAAAAAAAAUAUUUGAUGUAGUAUGUAAGGGGUGACAAAAUUCAAGUUUUCGUAGGUGUGUUAAAACACUUGAGCCGGCCCUGCUUACUUAAUGGUUUUUAAGUUUUGAACCCAAAAAACAAUAAUGCCAAUAUUCAUGCGGUAUUAGAUCUUUUUCUCGAUAUGUCACGUAACGUAAUACAUAGCGUAAUUUACUAUUUAAUCUAUUGUAAACCGAUGACGUAUCGGUGAAAGUAACUGAUGUCGGAAAAAUGUGUUAUUAAUUAUUAAUUAUUAUAAUCAUACGUUUAACAUAAGAAGACGCAAUUUGUGUUUAUUUGACUAUUACAUAAAAAAAUAAUAUUAACACCUCUUAAAAUUUAUUAUAAUUUUGUUGUAUCAAUGUCGAGACGAUAAUAGAAAUUUAUAAGGGUACCAUAAUAUAUUUUGUCUCCUACAGUGUUAUAUAGUAAUAUUAUUAUUAAAACAUAAAAUUUAUUAUGUAAUUAGAAAGUUAACAUUUUUACUAUAUAUUAUUAUAUUUAUCUCCAUCGUCGACCAAUAUUGUCAAAAUGUGAAGCUUAGUUGUUUGGAAAUUUGUUCUUAUAAUUUCCAAUAUUUAAUGCGUGUAGAUUUUUUUAUUGUAACAAUAAUAAUAAUAAUUCGAGGAUAACAACACAACACCAAUUUAAUUGCGCGACGUGCGUGUAUUAGAUAAAAUUACCUAUUUAUAAAUAAACAAUAUUAAUUAUAUUAUUAUUAGUUUGUAAGAAUUUGGACUACGAAAAUGUGUAACGAACAAAAAAUAUUAUAUGCUCGUAUAUAUUAUAUUUAGGUAUACUAAGUAUGACCGAGGUGUUGAACGGAAACGUUUCGAGUGUUCCGGAUGUAAUAUUAUUAAUUAUACACUAUGAAAUCAUCAUAUAAUAACAUAUUACGCAUGUACGAUUUUAUUGAGUAGAAAACCUUUUUUGUGGCGUCUACUAAAUUUGUAUAUCGAAUAUUAUAUUAUUAUACACUUAUAUAACGUAUGUGUGCGCGUAUAUAUUAUUAAAUACACGAUUAUUAUGGUAUUAAAUAUAAUAUAAUAUAUAUACAUAAA